AGUUAUAUAAAAAGAAAAGGAAAAUUCGAUUCGCACCUAAGAAAAGAAGAAAGGAAAGGUAAAAAAAAAAAGCAACCAUCGUCUCUCUGAGAAGUCUGUGUGUUCUGAAACUGCUAGAGUGGCGAUAUGGGUGGCGGUAUAACCAUUCCUCCUGAUAACACAACAGGGGAAGAAGACUCCUCCCUGGACCAGGAUUCUUCCCAACUGUCGUCUCCACUUCUCAGAAGUGAAUUGAGCAUGGGGGCUGAGGAGGGUGCGGUAGAUAAACAAAGUCAGAGUGGUUCGGUGUCUGGAGACUAUAAGAGACUGCGUGAUUGGGAAGCCAGUGAGAGGAUGAGGGAAAAUGUUUAUAGGAAAAUUAUGCAGACUGGUGAGUUAUUGGGGAUUCGAGGCAAAUCGAAAGAGGCUAAGGACAAAAUACUGAGCUACACCCCUGGGGCAUGGAUUGAGACUGCAGGUGGCAUGAAAAGGAGGGACUAUGAUGUGCCAAAGACGACUACUCUAUUGUUGGUUGGUCCAAAAGGAUCUGGAAAGAGUAGUCUUAUUAACAGAAUAUCAAAGGUGCUUGAAGAUGACAAGUUUGCAUCAGAAAGAGCACAAGUCUCAUACAAUUCAUCUAUCGGAGAUGGAACCCUUUUCCUCCAGGAAUGUAUGAUACCAAGAGGUUCAACUUCGUUUUGCAUCUAUGAUACUCGUAGUCUGUCUGACGAUUCAGCUGAAAACAUAAAAAUGCUGAAGCAUUGGAUGGAAAAUGGUGUUCGUCAUGGGGAGCUUGCUAUUAGGGAUUCAGACAGUCAAAGUUUGAGGACUGCGAUGAUGUGCAAAGCUCAUGACAAUGAUCAUCUUUCCAGUGCGAUCAGGAAGGUUAACUUUGUCAUAUUUGCUGUUAAUGGCCUUUCAGUUCUGAAAGCACUGGAAAGUGAGGAAGAUGCAGAGACUCAAUACACUCGAAUGAUUGCUUCCAUGUUCAACUGCCCAUACUUGGCAUUUAAAGAUGAUAAACCUGCUGUUGUUGUCACUCAUGGUGAUCUACUUUCACAUGACGAACGUGCUCGUGUUCGUGUCCAUUUGGGAGAACUAUUGGGUAUUCCACCUACAACCCAAAUAUUUGACAUCCCAGCAGAAAGCAGUGACCCAGUAACUGAGUCCACAACAAUUGACAUGUUACGCUAUUCGCUUGAGCAUGCUGAUAAAAAUUUUACUCAUAAGAAAAAGGUUCCUGCAAUAUCACUACUACCAUUUAUGCUCCUGUUAAUGCUUCUUGGAACUGCCACCAAUUUAUGGUGUAUGUAUCAUCAUGCACAUAUUCAGCAGGGUCCUGCAACCCUACCGGCAAUUCAGCACUGUCAGUGUCCCCAAGCGCAUAUUCAACACUAUCCUUUGCCCCAAGCUCGUAUUCAGCAUGACCGUGGCCCUUUUACCGAAGAACAUAAUCAGAAAGAACCUUUGCCUGAAGAAUACAUGCAGAAAGAACCUUUGCUUGAAGAAUACAUUCAGAAAGAACUACAAGACCCUUUGCCCCAAGCUUUGCCCCAAGAGCAGGUUCAGCAGGACGCUUUGCCCCAAGACCAGGUUCAGCAAGACCCAUUUCCCCAAGACCACGUUCAGCAAGGCCCUUUGCCCCAAGACCAUGUUCAGCAAGACCCUUUCCCCCAAAUGCAUGUUCAGCACUGCACUUCUCCAGAAGGUCAUGUUCAGCACGAUUGUGGCCCUUUGCCUGAAAUUCUUACUCAGCACAGCCCUUCACCCUCUUUGGCCACUUCAACCCCUUCGCCCCUUGCGGCUCCUUCAACCCCUUCAGUCCCUUCUGCUCAUGAGGAUGGCUCCUUGCCCUCUUCUCCCCAAGCACAUGUUCAUCCUGACCCUUCACCCUCGAAUCCCUCAUCCCCGCAAACUCCACUUCAUGGUCCUUUGCCCCGAGUGCAAGCAGAACUUGAGAAAAUUAAAACUAAAGUUGAGAAAUUUAGGACAAAACUUGAUUGGAGUAAAAUCCGUCAUUGGACCCCUUCGGUCCCUUCUGCUCAUGAGGAUGGCUCCUUGCCCUCUUCUCCCCAAGCACAUGUUCAUCCUGACCCUUCACCCUCGAAUCCCUCAUCCCCGCAAACUCCACUUCAUGGUCCUUUGCCCCGAGUGCAAGCAGAACUUGAGAAAAUUAAAACUAAAGUUGAGAAAUUUAGGACAAAACUUGAUUGGAGUAAAAUCCGUCAUUGGACCCCUUCGGUCCCUUCUGCUCAUGAGGAUGGCUCCUUGCCCUCUUCUCCCCAACCACAUGUUCAUCCUGACCCUUCACCCUCGAAUCCCUCAUCCCCGCAAACUCCACUUCAUGGUCCUUUGCCCCGAGUGCAAGCAGAACUUGAGAAAAUUAAAACUAAAGUUGAGAAAUUUAGGACAAAACUUGAUUGGAGUAAAAUCCGUCAUUGGACCCCUUCGGUCCCUUCUGCUCAUGAGGAUGGCUCCUUGCCCUCUUCUCCCCAACCACAUGUUCAUCCUGACCCUUCACCCUCUAAUCCCUCAUCCCCGCAAACUCCACUUCAUGGUCCUUUGCCCCGAGUGCAAGCAGAACUUGAGAAAAUUAAAACUAAAGUUGAGAAAUUUAGGACAAAACUUGAUUGGAGUAAAAUCCGUCAUUUGUAUCUAGAUGAAGAUUCUAAGAUACAUAUAGAGUGGAAGAAGAUUCGACACUUGUAUCUAGACGAAGAUUCCAAGGUGCGGAUAGAUUGGAAGAAAAUUCGUCAUUUGUAUCUAGAUGACUGAGACAUCGUUGAUGACUACUUAUAGUCUUUCUAGACAGAGGUUGGGAGUUACAAAGACUGCCUGUAAAUCUUUGUUUUGAUAUCUUACGAUCCACUCUUGACAGAGUAUAACACUCGGUUGAUGCUUUAUGUAUUGUGUGACAUAAUGCUCAUGUUUUUGUGGUUUUGCAUAUUUUAGCUCAGAGGCAAACUUCCUUGUGGAUGAUGAUGAUAUCUUUUAUUAUGUGCUGUUGAUCUUUUGACAACCAAGUUAUUUGCACA